AUGGCGGACCUCGCCGGAUCUCUCCUCGGAGAACAUCCUCGAGCGCCUUCCUCUCUCCGGCUACGUCCGCUUCUGGUGGCCGGUGGAUACCGUCCAAACGCCACGACGCCCGCCGCACUUCCAGGUCCCCUCCUCCGAUGCUCGAUCGUGCUCGUCUCCGUAGGAUCCCGUUACCAAGAAAUCCUCUCUUGCUACCAAGAAAUCGUCUCUUGCUACAGCCCCUUCGAGGACAAAAUCUUCACAUUUCCCGUCCCCUUCGAGGACCGAUCCUUCGGCGUCCCGGUCCCCUUCUGCGCCCUCUUUUUUCGUGGAUGGUUGCUGAGCUUCGAUUCCGUAAACCUCGUUCUGUGGAAUCCAGUCUCCGGCGACAAGAUCGAGCUCCCCCAGCUGAUCCAUGGGCGGGAUGCGCCCCGUUUCAGAGACGGCGUCGUCGCAAUCUCACCUCCGCCCCAUUACUUAGUUUCCAUCGCCCUCUACCCCACCGUCUUCUUGCUUCGCUGGUUCGACUCGGAUUGGGUCGAACUGAAUCUCCCCGAGGUAGCAGCCAGACGCGUGUCUGAAGCGGCGGUGUCCAUCAGUGGCAAGCAUUACCAUACUCUCUCAGCGUUAGAGCUGUAUCCAUGGGUCGGUUCUCAGGAUUUAUUAGUGGUUGAUGCUCUCGCUACGCCUCCUACUUUUCAAUUCUUUGAGAUGGAGCUCUUGAGACGGACGGCGGUAAAAACCCUGCACGGCAUUACUCAUUUGGUGGAGUUUGGUGAGGAGCCGUUACUUGUUAAGGAGAUCCUCGGAUACGGAACUAUUCCUGUUGGGUUUGAAGUGUAUAGAGCGGAUCUCGACAGGAAGAUGUGGGUGAAGGUGGAGAGCGUUGGUGAUAACAGAGUGAUCGUGAUUCAUUGGGUUCAGUCCGUUUCACUGCUAGCAGCUGAUAUUGGAGCUAGAGGGAACUGUAUUUAUUUCGCGACAGGGGAAAACAGUGGGCAAGGACCAUGGAAGGUGUUUGAUUUAGGUACCAGGAAGAUGACGGAUUUGCAGCUUCCAAGUGCUACGCAGUUUCGGAAUCUUGCUCAGCUGUUAUUUGUGCCCAGCUUAUGUUAGUCCUCGGAUUCAAGGCCUUUCCCGGGAUUCAUAAAUGUUGAUCUCAACGGUAGGGUUUCGUGCUGGGGUUUGAAUAUCUGUGGAGCAUUUAUUGUGAGAAAACUGUGCUUUCGCUUCUCCACUAUGAGAGUGGAGGAGCACAACUAAUGGUAUCGAGUGUAAAUCUAACUCUAUGUUUGUGGCUUGAGAACAACUUGUUCUUUCUAUAGCCUUUGAUACAUACUAGUGAUAUUAGCAUCCUAUCCUUUUCUUCUUCAUGUUAACAAUUCUAUAGCCUUUACACGGGUAAUAUAUCCUUGUGAUGUUUAAUCCGAAGUUUUUCUCUGGUCAGUGAAUAUGAACAACCGCUAUUAUUUUA